CCUCACAAAAAAAAGGGCAAGAAAAAAACCUGUCUGUCAACAACCAUCAUCAUCACUUCCAGAACACCACCCAACCCUCAUACACUUUAAUCAUAAUCAUCCUAUAUAUAUAUAUAUAUAUACAAAAUAUAUACAUAUAUAAAACAUCAAGAUGGGAUCUUCGUUGUCUAAUUUAACAGAACAAUGGGGACCGGUGGGGUCAGAUAAUGGGCCAGGGCUGGGUGACAUACCUCGGAGCUGUGUAGCCUGUGUUUUUCUGUAUCUAACUCCCCUGGAAAUUUGUAACUUAGCCCGUUUAAAUCGGGCUUUUCGCGACGCUGCUUCGUCGGAUGCCGUCUGGGAAUCCAAGCUUCCUGGGAAUUAUCAACAUCUUUUGGAGUUAUUGCCGCCUGACAAGUAUCAGAAUCUGUGUAAAAAAGAUGUUUUUGCUCUUUUUUCACGCCCAGUUCCCUUUGAUGACGGUAAUAAGGCAGUAUGGUUAGAUAAAGUUACUGGAAGAGUUUGCUUGUCAAUCUCCGCCAAGUCAAUGUCAAUAACUGGAAUAGAAGAUCGGAGAUACUGGAAUUGGGUUCAAACUGAAGAAUCUAGGUUCAAUGUCGUGGCUUAUUUGCAGCAAAUAUGGUGGUUUGAAGUGGAUGGUUCAGUAAAAUUCCCUCUUCCGCCAGAUGUUUACACAUUAUCAGUUAGAAUACACUUGGGAAGGUUUUCUAAAAGGUUGGGACGCCGUGUUUGUAAUUUCGAACACACCCAUGGUUGGGAUAUAAAACCGGUUAGGUUUGACAUGUCAACAUCAGAUGGUCAAGAAGCAUCCACGGAAUGUUUCUUUGACGAUUGUGCCGAAGAUUAUGUGAACGGAUGUCACAAACGGGGUUGCUGGAUAGAAUAUAAAGUGGGUGAGUUCAUAGUCAAUGAGUCCAAUCCUAUUACUGAAGUGAAAUUCUCUAUGAAGCAGAUAGAUUGCACUCACUCGAAAGGUGGAAUAUGUGUAGAUGCAGUAUCUAUAAUCCCCAGCAAUCUAAACUUUGGUAGGAGAAAGGCGUUGAACUAAUCUGAGUGGAUUAAAAACUGAAUCUGAUAUACGAUGAAGGCAGCUGCAGACUCUUAAGGGGAUGUAUCAUUAAGAACCUCUGGAAAUAUCGAUUCAAUGUGUGCUUCGACACAAUGUAAAUUUGUAAAUGUUUCUUCGAAACUAAUAAUUGUCACGUGGAGCGCAUACGCAUAGAAGUCCAAGUCAAUCUGAAAAGACGCUUGUAACUGAUUUUGUAUCUUGCAGUCGAAAACAAGAAAGAAACAAUACAUAUUGUCCUAAACAAAUUACAGCA